AUGCCCAGUCAACGCACCCAUACCUCGCUGCCUGUACAAUUCGGCUUGCAGUACCAUGAUCCCCUUUUUGGACAUUCGUCGCCCAACGCAAGUACCACUAUCGAAUCUCCUCACGACAAUCAAUCCCUCCUCUUCCUUGAUUCACACUCGCGUCAAAAUAGCUCGUCGUUCCAGACCUCUCCAGCAUCACAGAGCAUUGGCCAAGCUUCGCAUGACUCCCUCGUCUCUUACGGUAAUCGAGCACACAUUGAACUCUAUCAAGCAUACCUACGGCAAGCUGGUGAGCUGAAAGCGAGUCAGGCGGACUAUGCCUCCCUUGUCAACAGGGUAGGAGACUCGCUAGGACGGCUCGAGUCUGGUGAAGCCGCUGGCCACGGUGCUGGUGGAAGCAAUCAAAUUCAACUCCGUCCGGACGCUACCAUGACGCUCUCGCGCUCCCUUCUUGCUCAACUCGAUGAAUCAAAGUAUCCAGAGGUCAAGCACUGGCACCGCUCUACCUGGGCGAAAGCAAACAAGGCCGCAAAAGAUGUGGCCGAUCCGGAUAGGAUAGAAGGAAAGCGGGGUAAGGCCCGCUUGUCGCAAGGAGUCAACGUCAAGCAGCAGUACCAGGAGCUAGAAAACGGCACCGUAGUCAAUGGUUGGCGGGCUGCUGCUACACGCGAGGAGGCUAUGCGCACGUUCAACGACUGGAAGGCUGCGGCUGCAUUGACAGAGGCCGUACCAUCGACAUUCAGUAAGAGAUCGCGCAUACAGGGGGACUACUACCGUGCGGCGAUGUACAGCAAAUUUGAUGAGCUACGAUUUUGCGCACUCCACUGGAAAGUCGACCAGAUAGCUAAAGACAUAUAUCCUCAGUGGUACAAGAACAAUUUCGGGGUCAAACGCGAACGAUCAGACACACCUGAAGUCACAGACCUCCCCUCGGCGAAGAAGCAAAAGGUUGACUCGGAUGACACGGCACCCCCAGGCCAAGGCCGUUCACCUUCGCCUAUGAUAGAUUAUACCGACUCCGAACCUGAACCAGCAGAUAUUAACAAGCAUUCGGUCCCUGGCGAUGUCGAACCUGCACCUCAAGAUCUUCCCAGUGACGUCUCCGAGCCUGUCCAAUUAGACGAGCCGCUGGAGUCGAACGCAUCUGCCGGCGUGAACACAUUGACCCCGACCGACAUCUGCCAACCUCUUGCAGAUCAGCAACCUACCAGCCUCGAAUCCUCCUCAAUGCCACAUGCCCUCAACUCAGUCAUCUCCGCGCUCCCGAACGCCUUGUCAGCGCAAUUUCCCCCUGCUGUGGAAACCACUCAGAAUGAACGUGACUGUGCCGUCUCGCACAGUGAGAACACGGCGGAUGCUCACCCGAGCCAGCCCGUCUCAGGCUCUGCAGCCGGCCCACCGUUUACCCUAGAUUCAUCGCAGACUACUCCUCUCGCCGCCAUGUUGCCGAUUACCAGAGACUCAUCGCCGCCUGCCUUGCCAGAUUCAUUUCCGAUUCCCGCAGGUUUGCCGCCAGUCGCACCACCAAAAGCGGUGCCAAACGCCAGCGCUACCACAGCCUCCGGCGACCUCAUCGUGCGGCCCUCACCAGCUCAAGCAUUGACCAAGAAGAUUGUCAUGCCGCUCAAUCCCCUCAUCAAUCUGCCUCGACGCCCCACUAAGCCUCAGUCACAAAUCGCAGCCAGACAGGGUGCGCAGGACAGCCCAACAUCUCAGAGGCAGGCAAUCGCGUCCACCGAUCCGAAGCUCGCCGCGAGCCCUCCAAAGGUGUCUCAAGGAAAGGAAAACGGCGGCAAGCCUGCUGUGAAGAAGCCUACCACCAGUGCUCCGAAGGGGUCGCAAGACAAUGGAAACGGUGACAAGGCUGCGAAGCCCACCGUGAGCGCUCCGAAGGUGUUGCAAGGCAAGGAAGACGGCGACUUGAAGCCACAGACCAGUGCGAAGAAGCGACACCGCUUCGUACGCGUGCAGGCGGAUAGCACGACCGCACGUGGUCUGUUCAAAAUCGACUACUUCAAGGACCAUCUCGAUGCGAAGCUGACCGGCCCCCAGUUCGAGGCGAUCUUCAGAGCCCUUCCUGCCAACAAAUCCAAGGAGUAUGCCGAGAGGAGCAAGACGGCUGAGAAGACCAAACGGGGGUGCGCGCAGGGUGCACAGCUGCCAAAUGAUACAACAUUGGCCACUCACGAGGACGAGGAUGGACCAGGUGAAGGCCAGCCUGCGGAGAUGUACGAGGAGGUGGUAGGAGGGUCAAUAGUCCUCAUGGUGGAGACUCCGAGGACGCGAUUGCAGCCUGGGACGGAUGUGGAAAUUACCUUGCCCACGCAGCAGGUACCAUCGUUUUAUGGGACCCUCCGUUCCGUCAUCGCUGUUAACAAGGAAUGGGUCAUGUUCCACACCCGCGGGCAUCUCGGCGUCGAUUGCCUUCUCCUGGCUCCACUCGAUUCAACUCAGAUCAGCUGGUGGUACCGCCUGCGCACACGCCUCGCACCAGAUGCCUGGCUAGACGCCUUCCCUCCGGGGCUGAACCACAGUGUCACGCCCAUUCCGCAGUUCGCCCCUUCUCGCUCACCAUCACCGUCCACGCCACCAGAAACCCCGGCCCCGCCACCAUCCUUUUCUCUCGAGGACGCGAACUCCCUGCUCGAGAAAACCGCCAGGUUGAUUGCAGAUCAGAGAGAGGCCGAGUUACGCCCGUGGCUACGGGCCGGAUGCCCUGGACAAUCCGUCAGCUUCGCCGAGCACGUGGCUCUUAUACGCGAAAUGACCGAGGCCCGCCAGACAGCGACAAAGUGA